CUCCUUAAUUCUUCUCUUUCACUCGCUAGAGGCGAGAAAGGAAAGAUCGGAAAAGAUGAUGCACAUGACCUUCUACUGGGGUAAAGAGGUGACCCUCCUGGUGGACUCGUGGAAAACCAAGUCGUGGACGAGUUACGCUCUCACCCUCUUCGCUUGCCUCAUCGUCUCCGCCUUCUACCAGUACUUGGAGGACCGGCGCGUGCACCUCAAAUUCGUCUCCUCCGGGAAGCCUCCGGCACAGAUCGAGGAGUCUUUGCUGCAAGGGAUGCCCUUCCGUAGAGGGCCGAGAUGGUCGGCGGCGAGGAUCGGUGGGGCGGCGCUCUUUGCACUCAACUGGGCGAUCGGGUACCUGCUGAUGUUGGCGGUGAUGUCUUACAACGGGGGUGUUUUCCUGGCCAUCGUGCUGGGCCUCGCGAUCGGAUACUUACUAUUCAGAAGUGAGGAUAGGAAUGUUGCCACUCUUGUCGAAGAUAAUUCUUGUGCUUGUGCUUAGAUUUCAUUUAAUUGAUGGCAAGUCUCAAACGUUUUUUGACUUUUUCUGGAUCAGAUUAAUGAUGCAAGAAGUGUGCCAUCUGCAUAUCUGUGUAUGUAUGAAUGUAAUUCUGCUUAAAAAAAGAAAAGGAAAAAAAAAAAAGAAAAAAAAAGUUUUGUUUAGGUUGUCUUUGGGUUUACACUUACUAGCCUACAGAACUGUACAUUUUAUAUUUUCUUGAUCUAAGUUACCAUAAAACACUUAUAUUGUUUUGGUGAUUUGUACUCUUCUAGUUGUAUUUAUUGAUCAUUAUAGAACUUAAAGUUGGGAGAGUUAUUUUGGUCCUUGAUCAAGAGAGGUGGAGUUAUUUCCAUAUCGUUCUGUUUUUGCCUGGUAUGUCAACAUCUUAUAGAUCUUAAGAAAUUUCCUUUUGUCUGAAUCAAGCUACUUCCAUUA